AUGACGCAGCCCGCUGAGCCGCCCACCAACGGCGCCACCAAGCCCCGAGCAGCAGGACACGACGGCCCCCGACCCUGGCCCGAGAUAUGCUCCGUGCUGCGGCGCAAAGUAUCCGACCUGCUCAGACUACCUUCUGAAGACGAUGCCGUGCUCCGGAACACGCAGCUGCGGGCGCGCGAGUCUCUGGCCGUCAUUAGCGAGGCCCUGCAGCGAUACGGAAGAAAUGAGCUGUCGCUCUCCUACAAUGGCGGCAAGGACUGCCUCGUCCUGCUGAUACUCAUCCUCGCUUGUCUGCCCGACCCGACACAGCCCUUGUCCGCCUCGGCCGACGGUCCGGCGACCGAAACCCCGACCAAAAGCCACAUUGAGCCGCUGCAAGCCAUCUACAUCGCGCCACCCGACCCGUUCCCCGAGGUCGAGGACUUUGUUGCCGUCUCGACCUCCCACUACCACCUCGACCUGACACGCUACGCCCUGCCCAUGCGCGACGCCCUCGAGGCAUAUCGCGCCGACCGACCGCCUGUCAAGGCCAUCUUCAUGGGCACGCGGCGGACUGACCCGCACAGCGAAUUCCUGAUGCCCUUUAGCCCGACUGACGACGACUGGCCCGGUUUUAUGCGUGUGAAUCCGGUGCUGGACUGGCACUACCCUGAGAUUUGGGCCUUCAUCCGGCACCUCGACAUAGCCUUCUGCAGCCUGUAUAAUCGCGGCUUCACAUCGCUCGGCGGCACGAGAAAUACGCGUCCGAAUCCGGCGCUGGCCCUCGACGACGGCGGCGGCGCCAAGACGUUCCGGCCGGCGUAUGAACUGGUGCGCGACGACGAAGAGCGCCUUGGGCGGGAUCGAUGA